CAGCGGCCCGGCUCGGGGUUCGGCUGGCGGCGGGACCGAGCGGGGCGCGGACCGGGCGGCCAUGGCGAUGCUGCGGCUGCUGGUGCUGCUGGGGGCGGCGGCCAUGCAGGGGGGGCACUGCAACCCAGACCCGGACUCGCUGCGCUAUUUCUACACGGCGGUGUCGGAGCCCGGCCCGGGGCUGCCCACGUUCAGCAUCGUCGGGUACGUGGACGAUCAGCUGUUCGUGGACUACAGCAGCGAGCGGCGGAGCGCGGAGCCACGCGCGGAGUGGAUGGCGCGGCGCGAGGGGCCGCAGUACUGGGAGCGGCAGACGCAGAUCGCACAGGGCGAUCAGGCCGGGUUCCGAGCGGGCCUGGACACCCUGCGCGGGCGCUACAACCAGAGCGGGGGGUUCCACACUCUCCAAGUGAUGUACGGCUGUGAGCUCCGGGGUGAUGGCUCCAAAGGGGGGUCUUUUCAGUACGCCUACGACGGGGGAGACUUCAUCAGCCUGGAUAAGGACCAGGAGACCUGGGUGGCGGCGGAUGACGGGGCUCGGAUCACCAAAGGGAAAUGGGAUGCUGACAGGAGCAUCGCUCAGAGACGGAAAGCUUACCUGGAGCAGGAGUGCAUCGAGUGGCUGGGGAAGUACCUGGAGUACGGGAAGGAGACGCUGCAGAGGAGAGAGCCACCGCGGGUGCAGGUGGGCGACCGACGGAGCCGGGACGGGCUCACCACCCUCUCUUGCCGGGUCCACGGCUUCUACCCGCGGAGCGUGGCUGUCGUGUGGCUGAAGAAGGGGGUGGCCAUGCCGCAGGAGACGAUCCAGUGGGGGGUCGUUCCCAGCGGGGACGGGACCUACCAGACCCGGGCCACCAUCGAGAUCGACCCCAGCAGUGAGACCAAUUAUACCUGCUGUGUGGAGCACCCCAGCCUGGCGCAGGAUCUGAGAGUGCCCUGGGUGCCCAAGUCCAACGUGAUGCUGAUCGUGGGUGUCGUCAUCGGGGUUCUCGGGCUGGUCGCUGUCGUCGCUGGAGCCGUUGUCUGCCUCAAGAAGAAGAAAGACGGCUACAAAGCGGCUCCAGCUCACGAAGGCUCUGCCAGCUCCGGAAGCAACCAGGGAUCAGACACCUGCAUCAAGGCGUAACGGAGCCCGUCGGCCCCUGUGCAGCUGGCUGGGGGGAUCCCAGACACGAGGAGAGACCGGAGCAGAUCAGGCUCCUGGGAAUGGAACAG